AUGUCGAUACCUUCACCACGACCAAACUUGGAUGAAUAUGCACAGAUCGAGCGCCUACGAGAUGCACUGACUGAACAACUGCCAGAGGGCAUUCCUGCUGACCUCAACACCGAUCUCAAUUUGCUCCGAUGGAUUCGUGGCUACAAAGCCAAUUUCGGCAAGAUUACUGAGAACUUUUGUACGUAUGUGGCAUCUCGGAGGGCAGCGGGUUUCGACAUCGCGAAUCUACCGGAAAAAUUUUUCGACUUACCGCACAUCAAACCUUUCCUGCCCUUUAUUGCUUCCACCCGACUAGACGACCGAGUCUGGCACGAAACACGCAAUGCAUUUCUGUUCGUCGAACGCGCAUGGUGUCAACCAAAGCAGGUAAAAUUUUUGUUGUAUUGCUAG